AUGGCUUCGCACCUGCAGUCCAAUAUUGGGCGUACGAGGCCAUUUUGGAGGUUGGCAAGAGGUAUGGCACGAACCACGGGAUUCGGUUCCCCGGGAUGCUUAGGCCGGACGAGCAAAGGCGAUAUUGGGAAGAAAGACGGGCUACUUCCACGGACAGAGGAGGAGGCAUUUGUGAGGACAAUAUCUUACGAUGGUGUGGAGAACCUGGUUGAUGAUGCCUUGUGGAUGACACGAGAGGUGAGGCGAGUGGAGGGUAUAUCGUAUGCUUACCGUAUUUUUUUGAUAUAUAUUUUUUCGGCCACGCGCUUCGAACCUCGGCCCGGUGCACCAUCUGCAUCAGGCGUUCGGGGUGCCGAGUACACUGAUUUAGUGGCUCGGUUGGAUAGGAUCGAGGGUGACACUCGGGGCCCCAGCGGAUCCAUCUACCCCACCACCACCGCUUCACCCCCAGUAGAAGAGGAUGAGGUCUUCCCCGACGAUUACGAUCCUUAUGAGGGAGCUCCAGCGACUCCGAUCGAGGCACAACCUCUUAUCCAUGUACAUGACACCGAGUCGCAGGGUGAGAUUCUGUCCAUAGAGGCACAACCUGCAGUGGUUAAGAGUCGGAAGAGGAAGAGAAAGCCUCCUGUAUGGUUCGGUGACUAUACGGAGAUGAAGAGGAGACAUAGGCCAUCUUCGACUUUUGAUCCCCUGGAGCCACCGGAUGAGAAAUUGUUAACCACUUUCCGAAAGUGGUGUGUUGGACUCAUUCCGAACCACCGACUUCGGGAUUUGAGAAGUGGUGAUUACGGUCCAGGAUUCUUUUGGAUAAUGCUCACACCAAAGGAAUGGCUUACAGAUGACCAUAUAGAUGCAGCAAUGCAUAUGCUGAGGAGGCGACGCACCGACUAUCCACUGACAUUUCCUCAAAAGGGUAUCAUUCUCUCCACAUUCGUGACCGCCAUGAUCAGCAGUGCAUGGACGAGCCACAAGGGUCCGAGGAAAAACUUUAAAUGGGAGGAAUAUAUCCUGGACUACUGCACAGGGUUUCAUAAGUCCCAAGUCUUUGAGAGAUGGAGGGGUAACGAGUUUAUUUACUUCGUUACGCACAUUCCCACGGCAAGACAACGGGUCACGGUUGAAGUGGACAUAGAGCCGUGGAAAAUUAAUGUCUACGGCUUGUGA